AUGGAUUUUUCAAACUCUGCCGGAAAUUCAAACUCUGUUACUGAUAGCACUGAGUCGCACUCUAGAUCUAGUGUUUAUGCGGUUAUUGGAGGUCAGCAGCCUGGUGUGCAUCGUGCCCGUCCCUACAUUGAGAGUGGAAAAGUCGUUGAAACGAUAUGGCCAGUAGGAUUUGUUUUCAGCAAUGAAACAGACGCAGAUACGGUUUCAUAUAUUCAUACCGUCAUUCGAAACGGGAUCGGUUUCGAUAGACCUGUGGAAGACACUGUCGAAUGGAUUCUCAAUAACGCCGACAUUCUUCGCAUAUCAAACAAACCUGAGCUCAAUGGGCCGUACUAUCCUCUCGUUUCUGGUGGAAACUCGAGCCUAAUAUAUCGAAAUUAUAUCGAUGUCAAGUCCAUAAUUGUGGGACGUUCGUAUGCAAGCUGGCGUCGGCUUGAAAACCUUCAUGAAGCUUUAGCCUGGAUGUUAUUGAGAGGUGAUCGCAAUAAAACAGCGAUGUUUAUAUGGACGCCCAAGCAAGAGGGCAAUCGCUGGGUAUCUCCUCCUCGUGAGAUAGAUCCUGAACCGCUUAUGCCUACGUAUACAUCGAGCCGACAAGGUCGUCAGUUCAAUUUGGAUCCUGACCUCCAUGGUGGCAGAAUAGCAGUUGCUCCAUCAACUACGCCAACAGCGCUGCGAUUUGAAUAUGGGAGAAACAUUGACAAUACGCGCACUAUUACUACGUAUACCUCUAAUAAUAUUAUCCCGAACACCGGUACCGUAACGUCGUCGCCUCCGCCAUCCACUCCGUCUCGAGGACUUAGAGCAAACCACCGACUACCAACGACACCUUCAUCACCCAGUAGCCCGACCCAGCGACAGAGACUGGGUACUACCACGUCAUCACCGCUCAUGAACUUUGCCUCGCUGAAUAUAUCUCAAACACCGGACGAUUCCACCAGUACCGGUACCAGUGCUACUCCCACCAUGAUUUGGAGCCACAUACGUAACCUAUCCGGUAUUGUUGGCACCUACUUCGAUCCACCCAAUAGCGACGACUCAGAGGAGCAGUUCUAUCCUUCGUUCAAUGCUGAUGCAGAUUGGUAUUUUAAGUGUCACGGAUAUUCAGCGAGUUCCCUUAGGUUGAUCAUGACAAUCCUGGAUUCGCAGAAGAGGAAUCGGUCAAACGUGGCUAUCAAGCUUUCGAAAUAUGGCAUGCCUCGUUUGGAAGCUGAGUACAUUGCAUCGUUAAUUUGCACAACAACUACUACUACAAGCACAAGAUGA